ACAGUCAACGGUUCUCUUUCGUCCUUGCAAUUCGGGUUGAUUGAAGUAAAGUGGAUUCCGUGGAUGUGAAGUUCGUUGAGCCUGGAAAAUGGUACGAUUCUCCAAUUCAGUAGCAUGUUUCAAUAGCACAUUACAACAACAACCACCACUGGGACAGGUGAGCAUGAUGUGUCCGGGAAAGUCGAGGAGACAAGAGGCGGAGGGAGCGGGCUGUCUCUUCCGCAUGGACGGGGGACAGACAAGGACACCGGUGAGAUCUCUCCUCACUGAUGGUUGAGAGAGGAGGGAGAGGACAGAUAGGACAGGAUGAACAACUCCGGCGCCCUUUCAUGCGCCAUACUCUCUUUCCGUGCCCUCUUUCCAUGCUCUCUCCCAAAGAAAACCUGAUGUGUGCAUAUUCUUCCAACACCACUUACCACCCAUCCCCUAUCACUCCCUACAGGUAUGAUCAUGGCCGUGCUGAUCGAGUAACCCUGACCUCACCACCGGCUCCAUAUAAUGCCCCUCGUCGACCCCUCCAAGGCUCCAAAGCGCACCAAGGGCCCCAGGAGCAAAGGAUUGCGGCAACGUCAUCGUCGCCCCGCCUCUCGAUCCCUUCACGUUGUUGGCUGCGCUGUCUAGCUGGGGUGCAGACGGGCGCAGAGAAGCCUCAACCUACUUCUCCGGCUACCGCGUGCCUAGUCGAAGGCUCGCCGUGCGUCCGUUGGCUGCUUGAUAGGGACUAUCGGCUUUUGCGAUCGAGGCUAUCUGAGGCCAUCGAGAUAAUCGAGAGAGUCAAGAGAAGGUUUGGCGGGCGGAUUCCUCGUUUCCCGUCUCUCCCUUUGUUACAAAAGCAAGGCGGAGCCAGCAACCACGUCGAAUGCUUGCCUUUGCCCGUACCCUUCUCUCUGCAGCAUCUCUUGCGGAAUAUAUCCAUCCAUCUGGGACCCAACCCCUAACCGGCGCCCGGCCUAUCCCCAGGCUUUCUCACCUCCGGCUCGAGUUGCUCCAGUCGUGGCUCAACCGUGCAACCGCGAAAACGCGAAACCGCCAAACCGUCAAACCGUCAAAUCGCCAGCCUCGGCUUCUUCCAGCGCAGACAGGCAUAUGAUACAUCCCUCCCCUUCAUCUCUCCUCUCGUUGGGCAACUCAAACGGGACUUUCGCGGCAUUUGCUCAGCUUCUCCAGGAUCCAGAUCGUCGCUCUGGUAGGUCCAAGU